AUGAGCACGAAUUUAGUUAUAGUAGUAGAAGUAGCUGAUCAAAAUUUUACAAUUGAAGAAGAAGAAUAUUCCUCAGUAUUCAAAUGUAACGAUGCUGAUUCAAACUAUGUGUUUGCGACUGAUAGAACAGAGUAUAAGAAAGGAAAAACACCUGGUAUAGCUCAGAAAGAAUUUAAUGAGUUGUGGGCUGAUGCGAAACAAAAAUAUACUACAAAAGAAGAAUUUAUGAAGUGGGCGAAUGAUCUUUUACUAGAUUACCGCCGAAAGCACCAAGCAAAGAAGUCUUCCAAUAUUCUCUAUUAUUGUUCUAAUUCUAAAAAGAAUGCCAGCGAAAACAUUCCUAUUUCGUCAAUGACAUCCAAUGAGCCAAGUCUACCUGUAAAACUUACGCCUACGAUAUGCGUCUCACCGAUCUGUGCCGAAAUUACUGACGAAGGCAAUGAUACUAUUAAAAGUACCUCAACAGGGGCUCGGAAACGUAAUUGUCAAGAUUUGGAGUGUAGCGACGAGAAUUCACCGGAUACACCAAGUGCAUGCAGCUCUAUACCGCAGCCUGCACGUGCUACUCCUGCACAGGAUAAGUUGAAGAAUCAGAUUUCCCUUCUUCAAAUGGAACUUGACUUAGCUGUUCGUCGUAGGGAUUCUCUGUGCGUCAGUGAAAAUGAGACGCGUGAUGUAACGAAACUGCGCCGAGAAAUUGAUAAAUGCACAAAAGAACUACGGAAGAAGGAGCAACAUAUGCGUCACUCCCAGUCACAUAGAUUAUCAAUAAAAUCAAAGAUUGAACUUGCUUGCAAUCAGAGUCCGAAUGUAACUAAUCUUCUUAAGGCGCGUUCUGCCGCAGGUCGCCCACGCCUGGAAGAACAACAUCCGCAAUUGCUAAAAACUAUCGUCGAUUUGGCUAUGGUUGGUGCUUCUGCGGAGGAACGGCGUCGCUCAGAAAUUGUUCGCAGUUGCCGAACACUUACUGAUCUCCAUGAGAAGCUAAAGGAGCACGGAUUUCAAAUUUCGAAGAGUGGCACGUACCUUCGGUUGCUCCCAAGAAAUUAUACCAACUUGGAGGGCAAAAGGCAUGUAGUCACUGUGCCUGUCAAAUUGUUUCGCCCUGAGGCAGAUCACCAUAAGGCUCACGUCGAUCAACAUUUUUGUGUCGCCACAAUAAGAUCCUUGGAAACGCUGGCAUCUACUCUCGGGCCAAAACAAGUGUUUUUUCUGUCGCAAGAUGAUAAAGCCCGGGUACCUAUAGGUUUGACAGCGGCAAAUAAACAAGCUCCGCUCCUGAUGCAUGUCGAAUAUCGUGUUUCAUUGCCUGACAGAGUGCAGGCAACGAAAAGGAAAUGA